AUGAUUUUGUGGCAUGUUGCUGGAGUAUUACAAUUGAUGUUUUGGCAAGUUUUGAUUUCGAAUUCGUUAAAUAUUACGGAUUUGUAUUGGCGAAUAUCGGACGAUAAAACCAAUGCAAAUGAAACAACGGGUCCCUCUGCUGCUGCCACACAUACACCUACUUACAAACGCGUCCUAAUAGUAGGAGGGAUGAUGGUGAUAGCAGUCAGUAUUUCCGCUUUGAUGUUUGUUAUCCCUGACAGAACUAUUAUGUGUGUACGAAUUUUAAAAAAUGGAAGUGAAGCACAACUGGAAACUGGUCGAAAGUUUCCAUGGAAAAGAAUUCGCAAUUUUCAAAUUGACGAUUUGACUACUCAAGAACUGUUGUUACCCGAAACAAAAGUUAGAAUGGUGGGGAAAGGCGGCGAGAAACAUAUCCCAAAAUACCUCAGAGACAGAAACAGAGGCGACUGCGACUCCGACUCCAAAAGUAAAAAUUAUUUUCGGCCAAUCUUUAUUCGUGCAAAAGGAGAACGAAUGGGAUUUAUGCUAAGUCGAUUGGGGCAUUUCGAAGAUCCAAAGUUAUUUGAUUCGUUGUUUUACGAUAGAUCUUCGGCAAAUGUUUUGGAGAUCGAGUUGCUCGGAAACCAGAAAUUUAUCAAAAAAGGCUAA